AUGGCGUCGUAUGCGGGAUUGCCGGAUGCCCGCUCUAUCGCCAUCCCCGGUUUAGGAUCAGACGGCAUCGGCUUGCGCCCGCGCGCCCGCCCCUCGCCUUGCCGUGCGCGGCCGCGCACCUCUGUGUCCCCCCGCCCACUGACCGCCAAGCCCCGCCCGUCGCUAAAUCCUGCGGCGCAUUCGUCGUCUUCGAAUGGAUGGGAUGGGGAAAGCGGGGGAUGUGGCGGGAGGCGGGGAAGGGACGGCCUGCGGAAAGGCGUGGUGGGGGGGCGGGCAUCUGGCGGGGCGUGCCGCGUGUGUGGGGCGCGCAGCUGCGUGUCGGGCGCUCGGAACGAGGGCUGGUGCGACAGAGAGCUGCAGGGGGAAGGGCAGGGGGACCAAGGGCAAGGGGGCGCGCAGGUGCAGGGGGAACAGGCGUGGCGGGGGGAGGGCGCGCAUAGGAAGGCGUCAGGAGCAGCGGAUUCAGGUUCCGGAUCGGAAAAAGAAACGGGACAAGGGGAACGGGCGCGGGAUGGGGAUGAGAGUGAGGAGAACGCGCACGUGGACAAUGCACUGCACGACCUGCCCGCCAGCUGGCACUGGCUGGUUGGUCGGUGGGCACGGCUGGGCGUGCAACUGUCGCGGAUGCGCAGCCAAUGGGGCAGGCUGGUGUUUGGGCCGGCAGCAGAGGAGCGCAUCUGGAGCGUGCCAUGGCAGGGAGACACCAUCUUUCAGGUCAUGUUCCUCUGGUUCCUGGCGUUCUGGCUCAUCGGCUCGUGGCUUGUGCCGCUGCUGGCACAGGCGCUGGGGCUGCGGCGAGCAGCCAUGUCGCUGCGAGCGCACGCGCUCUACAGCCUGCUCACUGACCUGGCAGAGAUGACCGUUGGCAUCGCCAUUCUCAACCGCUGCCUCACGCGCUUCCAGCCCCUCCCGCCGCACUGGUUCCCCGUGCACCUGUCAGGGCGCUGGUACCUGCAGGCGCUGCUCGCCUGCUCUUUCUUCCCCUUCGUGCAGCUUCUCUCCAAGCUCAACCUGCAGCUGCUGCCGCUGCCCCUCAAGUUCCAGGCCACCACGCACUUGGAGCAGUCCAUCCACUCGCAUGACCCCAUUGCCACGCUGCUCUAUGCCAUUGCUGUGGCUGUCUGCGCGCCUGUGUGGGAAGAGGUUGUGUUUAGGGGGUUUCUCCUACCCUCCCUCACACGGUACUUCCCCCUCUGGGCCUCAGUGGUGGUCACCCUUCGCUUACUCUUCUGCGCGUCCCUCGUCUGCGCGCCUCUCCUCGUGCCCGCCAGCGCCGCGCCGGGCGGGGUGCGGUGGCGCGACGUGGAUGUGGGCGAGCUGGGCAUCAUGCCGUCCCCGCUCUUCUCCUUCGACCGCGCGCCCCCCGUGAUUGAGGGGGCAGCUCUCCCCCGCCUUGGGGAGAUUGGGGAAGGGGCGGCAGGGGAGGAUGCUGGGGGUGUAGCGGCGGUGAAUGCGUGGCUUGCGGAACAAGGGGCGCAGGGAAUUGGGGGACCGGACGCCGCUGUUGGUGUGAGUUCGCGCGCACAUCCCCAACUGCCUCGCGCUUGUUGCGACCCCGCCACCUCCCCGCACUCCACUUCCCUUCCGCCACUGCGCACUUUCCCCUGCCCCCGUGGCGGCACAGUGCCUUUAAUCCAAUGCGAUGCAUGUGCGGCAUAUGUUCCCUCCCCCACGCCUUUCACGCCUGCGCCUCUGUUCCGCUCGUCCUUUCCCCCAGUACCCCCUCCCCCCCACCCGCCGGCUAUGCUACAACACGUGGGCGGGCCAUGCAGCUGCUGCGCCAUGCCUCCCCCGCACGCCUCUCAGCUCCUCUGCGUGCUUCCCCAUCCCCCUUCCAGGUUGAACCUCCCAAGCCUGCCGCGUGCCCUCACUCAGCUUAAAGGUCCCGGCAUAAGAGAGGCCAGGCCACAUUCACUGCAUUUGUCACCUCUCCCACUCCCGCUGUUCCCCUGCUUCAACUCACUCUCCCCUCCAUCCCUCUAUCCCUCCACUCUUCCCUUCCCACCGACCCACGCGUGUACGCAUCGACCCACCCACCGGCGCACCCACGCAUGCAGCACGGGCGCCAUGCUAGUGGCCCGGCAGCCCAUAGCAGCGGCAGCAGCGGCGCUGCUGGUGCCUGCACCGCUGCAGCAGACAGCGGACGGGCUAGCGGAGGGGGAGGCGAGGCAGCUGCCGUACAACGUGACACGCAAGGAGAAGCCCUGGACCGCUGCCUCCGUGCUCGCCGCCUGGCUCCUGCGCGAGCGCGCCAAGGGCGCCAAGUCCAAGUGGGCGGCGUUCAUCGGCAGCUUGCCGCGGUAUGCACCGCUGCCGGCGCUGUUUGAGCGCGAGGUGGUGGAGAUGUUGGACUACCCGCCCAUGAUGCGCCGGCUGGCGCUGUACCGGGCGGCGUUUGAGGAGGAGUAUCUGCGCAGCAAGGCCAAGGCCAUAGCGCGCGCCUCCAAGUCGCACUUCUUCUGGGCGCUCUCCCUCGUGCUCUCACGCGCGCUGCCGCUGCUGCCCUACACGCACAUGCCGCACGGCCUGCUGCCGUCGCAGCUGCCCGCCAGUGCUGCCACGGCCUCGCCCGUGGGCAAGGUGGUAGCAGCAGUGCGCGCCAAGGAGAGGGGCGACGACAAGGAAGACGCUACUGCUACUGCCGCUGCUGCUACUGCCGCUGCUGCUGGUGGUGCUGGUGCUGCAGCCGGGGCCGCGUCAGAAGCUGGUGCUGCUGGCAGUGGUGGCUCCAGUGAGGGGUUCUGUUCCGCGUCUGCAGGUGCCGGGGAGGGCGCUGCAUCCGCCCAGGGGUGCAGUGCGGUGCAGCAGCAGUGGGUGGGCACGAGUGCGGAGGAGCUAGCGCGCAGCAUGCAGUGGGUGGAGCAGUGGAUGGGUGCGGGCGCGGGGCAGGGCAGGCGCAGCCGCUUCAGUGCCCCGCUGCUGCUGCUGCCGCUGCCAGGUGGAUUCAUCCACUCGCACGAGCCCAAUGCCAAGUUGGAGUGGCAGCAUGGCACAGCAUCGGACCCUCAUGCCCCCUCCGACUCCGCACCACCUGUCACCAUCCGAGCCCUCUCAGCCAUCCCCGCCAACACGCGUCUCUCGCUCAACCUGGGUGCCCUCUCCAACGACGUGCUGUGGGCGCUGCACGGCCACCUGCCCGCCGCCAACCCGCACGACCGCGUGCCGCUCUUCCACACGCCCGACUCGCUGCUCGCCUUCCUGCUCUCGCUGCACCCGCUCUCCACGCCCGCGGGCAGUACCAGCGGCAGCGCAGCGCCAUCGCAGUGGUACGACCCUGGGCUGAGCAAGGAGCAGGAGGCGGCGCUGGCAGCGGCAGUGGAGGCAGCAGAGGACGCCGUGCACGCCGAGGUCAUGGCACACAGCAGCACCAGCAGCGGCAGCGGCAUGGCAGGCGCGCAGCAGCAGUACCCAGUGGCCCUGUCGCUGUGGGACGAGGUGGACGGUGGCGCGUACAACGCGGGUGCGGAUGGGCAGGUGGAGCCCCGCCUCGUGGCGGCGCUUGCUGCCGUGUGGUUCAAGUGGAAGCACUGGGAAGUGCAUGCGCCCCGCGCUCCUCUUUUCUCUGCCUUCUCAAUCUUCAUACUCGCCUCCCUCUUCCCCUCUCUCAUCUUCCCCCCUCCCCUCGCGCCCUCUCCCCGCGCCUGGCAACCCUGCUGGCCAGACCUGGACUGGCAGCAGCUGGCGCAAGUGGCCGUCUCCUUCUCCCGCAACCCCUUCCACCCAGCCUGCCCCCCUCCCACCGCAUCCCUCUCCAUCCCCCCUCACCUGGUGGCACCGCUCUCGGCGGCCGCCGCUGCCAUUGCGAAGCGUGCGGAGCAGCUGCUGUGGGCCUUCUCUUCCUCGCCACAGGAGGAUGAGCUCCUGCUGCAGCGCCUGGCUGCCUGCCGCCUGGCUCCACCGCCACACAGUGGGCCAGAUGCUGCAGGUUCUGUGGAUGGAAGCGCGGAGAGAGAAGAUGGGGCAGCGGAGGUUGCAGACAGCAGCAAGGAGGCUGUGGAAGAAGAGCAGGGAAGUGGACAGGGACGUGAGGGGAGCGCAGGCAAGGCAGGGAGUGGGACGGCUGGUGCAGAGGGGUGCAAAGGGGUGGAGUUUGAUGCGAGUGUGUGUACGGCGCAGGUGAUGCGCACGUUAGGGCAGCGGGAGAUGGUGGUGCGGUUCAGGCUGGGGAAGAAGCUGCUGCUGCAGCGACUUGCUCAGAGGCUUGAUAGCGGUGCAUGCAUCCAUGGUGUGGUGGAUGGUGCUGGGGAAGCAGCAGCUGCAGCAACGGCAACAGCAGCAUCAUCCUGA